AUGGGGUCUUCUAUUGAAUAUCCCAUCCAACACAUAAUUAACAUCCCAGAAGAGAUUGAACCUGCACUUUGGCCAGAAUGUUGUAUCUACAAGGUACCUACUAGUCUCUUGAAGUUUAAAGAGGUGGCCUACACUCCUCUAUUGGUCUCAAUUGGCCCAGUCCACCAUAACAACGAGAAACUAAGGGAAAUGCACGAGCAGAAACAAAGAUAUUUUCUUUUCUUUUGGGCACGCCUAAGCGAAAUGAGCAAGCUUGAUUUAGUGCAGUACAAAGCCUUCCUUGAACUAGAAGAGAAAAACCUACGCCGUUGCUACCAAAAGAAAUUCCCUGAUAUCAGCAAGGAGCAAUUUGUGGAGAUGCUGCUGCUGGAUGCUGUGUUCAUCAUGGAGCUGUUUCUGAGAGAAGCAAAAAAAUGGGAACAUAAGGAGGACUAUCUAAUAACUCAUGGAUGUGUUAGCAAAAGUAUCCAGUGUGACUUGAUGCUGCUUGAGAACCAGCUUCCAAUAACAGUGUUGGAAAAACUAUAUGAUGAAGUUGUACCAAGCAAUGUCAAAAACCACACCAGAUUUAUUAACCUUGCUCAUGAGUACUUUAGAUCUUAUUAUCCCCAUGAGCAAUCUUCAGAAAACAAGUUUGAGCUAAGAAAGUGGGAGAAAUCACUACAUUUCACUGAUCUAAUUCGAAAUUCCUAUCUCCCCAAGAACCUGAGCAGUCAGAAAAAAUGUACUCAAAAGGAGUGUAUACUAAGGACUGCAACAAAGUUGAAUGAGGCUGGGAUAAGCUUUGACACGGAUCAAGACAGAUGCUUACUUGACGUUAAGUUCGAGAAGAAGCGAUUCUUCAGCUGGUUUCUUUGCUUGGGUUGUUUGCCAUGCUGCAAGUUGUUCAAAGCUCAGUUUCAGAUCCCCCAGUUGAAAGUAGACCAUACAACAGAAUGUGUUCUGAGGAACCUAGUAGCCUUUGAGCAGUGUCACUAUCCGGAGGAACCUUACAUUUGCAACUACGUUUCUCUGAUUGACUCUCUCAUUCACACCAAAGAUGAUGCAGAGUUGCUGGUUGAGAAAGAAAUUAUUGUCCAUGAACUGGGAAGCGAUCAAGAAUUGGCAAAUCUGGUUAAUGAUCUAAGCAAACAUGUGGUGACAAAUUCAACAUGCUACUACCAAAUCAUGGAAGAUGUUAAUGAACACUACAACAAUGAUUGGAAAUGGGCAAUGGGUACAUUGAGGUGGGUUUACUUCAGAGACCCUUGGAGAAGCAGUUCUACUAUAGUAGGGGUUGCUGUCCUAAUAUUCACCGCCUUCAACUUCUAUCGUGUUACCGAUCUACUCUUUUAG